GGAGGAGGUGUGGUGAUGGUGGGGAGAGACUACCGUGGCGGAAACCGGACGACAUGAGCUCGACGUAAAACAAAAUAAAUGUAAAAAAUGCUUUAAAAAGACGAGCUUUAGCCUCUCUUCUCUCUCUUCCUCGCAUGUUUGCGUGACAAAGUCCAUUUCCGCCUCAUUCUUUUUGUUUUCUGAGGCGACGCCGACAACAGAGGAGACGACCGGAAACUCCAUCUGACAGCUGCAGGCGCUACUGAAGGGGGGCCAGAAUGCCGGAGCAGAGCAACGACUACCGCGUGGUGGUGUUCGGGGCCGGGGGAGUCGGGAAGAGCUCCUUGGUGUUGCGCUUCGUCAAGGGCACCUUCAGGGACACGUACAUUCCCACGGUGGAGGACACGUACCGGCAGGUGAUCAGCUGCGACAAGAGUGUGUGCACGCUGCAGAUCACAGACACCACCGGCAGCCACCAGUUCCCCGCCAUGCAGCGCCUCUCCAUCUCCAAAGGACACGCCUUCAUCCUGGUCUACUCCAUCACCAGCAAGCAGUCCCUGGAGGAGCUCAAGCCCAUCUACCAACAGGUCCUGGCCAUCAAGGGCAACGUGGAGGCCAUCCCCAUCAUGCUGGUGGGCAACAAGAGCGACGAGACCCUGCGGGAGGUGGAGACCAAGGACGGCGAGGCCCAGGCCAACCAGUGGAAGUGCGCCUUCAUGGAGACGUCGGCCAAGACCAACCACAACGUCACCGAGCUCUUCCAGGAGCUCCUCAACCUGGACAAAAAGCGCAACAUGAGCCUCAACAUCGACGGCAAGCGCUCAGGGAAGCAGUCGCGCGCCGAGAGACUGAAGGGCAAGUGCAGCGUCAUGUAGGCCGGUGGCCGGGCUCGGGGGGGGGGGGGGAGCGGAAGAAGGAAGACCCGCCAGGAAUCAUUCACAUCCUCCCCAAACAUGACUCGGCGGCGGACGGAGACCAGGCUGGUUGCCGUGGAGACCUACAAUUGGGAUCUGGGAUGCAAGCAGGAAGGACUUGGCCUUCCUUUUGGGAAAUACCUCCCUCUUUCCGACCACACCUCUUUUGUCACACGCGAGCGUCAAAGAGUUGCUUUUUCCUAUGAGGCUUGAGAGCAUGAACGCCACACAGAGGAAGCUCCCCAGGAUGUAAAUAAAACAACUCAUCCCCGAUAAAAACCAAGCACCCCAUCCUCGUCGCGUCAAACCACAAACAACAAAGAUCCUCUCCACACCUUCAUCACUCGCCACCAAAAGUGGUAAAACACACACACACACACACGCACACGCACACACACACACACACACACACACACACACACACACACACACACACACACACACACACACACACACACACAAUGCAACCAUCCUUUUAAAGACUCUGACAGCCACAUUUGGGCGUGGGGGAGAGAGAUCCUCUGGCCUUGCUUGUUUGUUUGAGUGGAUGAUCCACUCUUAGGAUUAUUGUUGUCCAGCCGGUGAGACCCAAGCCAUCAUUUCUGCUCGUGAGCUGGAAGAAUGUUGGAUUGCCUUGUUUUUCAUGCUUUUUGGGUUUAUGUAAAGCAGCGGUGACCAAUUAACAGCAGUGUUCCAUACAUGUGCAUCUCAAUAAAUAACAACAUAUUUAACAAGUUA